AUGAGCUCUGCUUCGUGUUAUUUACCUUUUGUUGCCUGUUUCCUUUCCCGAUUUGCCCGGUUUCCUCCACACCUUUUCAACUUGUUGUGCUGUUGGACACCCUUUACCAUCCUUCGUAUUAUUUCCCACAAUAAUAAAAAAGAGGAUAUGAUGUGCAAUUCCUUUGUUGCCCUUUUGGUUUCUCUCGCGUUAUCCCGUGGGAGCUUCGCUGAUGUGGACGUUGGCGACUCCAAAGGGCGGCCAGCGGAUGAGUGCCGCUUAUUGGGAUUUGACAAACCUAGUGUUCGUUGUCGUCAUUGUACACUCCUGAAGCAGCACACAACAAAUUUCACGCUGUAUGAAGAGUGUCUGGCUUGCUGUGUAGAUGAGAAGGUCCCACAGCUGUUAUGGUACGCCACGGCCCGGUUAGUGGUGAAGAGCAAAUCCCGGGACGAACCUGAUCGAGAAGUGGAUAAAUUCUUAGCGAAGUAUAGGAAUAAAUUUGGGAACCGCUUACAGGUAGUGAACAGUGCAAUUGGGCAACCGACACAUCUGAUCAUGGUGGGCGAACGCGGCACCAGGGAUGCGCAGUGGGUCGUCGAAGACUGGUCGGUAAGCUCUCUGCAUGAUUACCUGGUGCGGGCGUUCAAUAUGGAGACGGAGGAACUUUUGUAA